AUGCAGGCCUUGCUCAGGAAGUAUGGGGUUGUUCAUAGAAUUUCUACACCCUACCACCCCCAAACUAAUGGGCAAGCCGAGAUUUCAAAUAGGGAUAUCAACAGGAUCUUGGAGAAGAUUGUGCAGCCCAACAGGAAAGAUUGGAGCAGCAAGCUGGAGGAUGCUCUCUGGGCAUGUAGAACUGCUUACAAAGCACCCAUAAGGAUAUCUAUUUAUCGGGUUGUCUUUGGCAAAGCAUGUCAUCUUCCUGUUGAGAUAGAGCACCGAGCCUAUUGGGCUGUGAAAACCUGCAACUUCUCUAUUGAUUAG